ACAAUGUGGCAAAGAAAUGUCGACUGUCAACAAAAACUAUUGCUUUAAAUUUGAUGGAUUGUUUUAAGCAACUUUUAACCCAAAUAGGCAUGGCUUGUGGCUGUAUUAUUUCUCACAUAAUGUUGUAAACACCAUGUCUUUUGUUGACAUUGUUCAAAUUGGUAAAGGUAGAUUUGUUCAAGUAAGGUAUUAAAACUGCUGAGGCCUACUGGACCUUUAUCAUGACAAACGAAUAUGAAGAUUUCUCCAAUCACACACCUACCAACACGGGGGAUGAUGAUGAGGAGAAAAAACCCAAAUUAACAACAGUAGCGUCAACUUAUUUCAACGAACAAAUUCCUAUACCAAAUUCUGAUGAUUAUAGAUUUAGUUUUCGUAAAUUGUGGGCUUUCACCGGACCCGGUUUUUUGAUGAGCAUAGCUUAUCUUGAUCCUGGUAAUAUAGAAUCUGAUUUACAAUCCGGAUCCAUUGCUCAGUUUAGGCUAUUAUGGGUUUUAAUGGGAGCUACAAUCUUGGGAUUAUUAAUGCAGAGAUUAUCAGCCCGUCUGGGUGUCGUGACAGGCAUGCAUCUAGCAGAAGUGUGUUAUCGUCAAUAUCCGUUAGUACCUCGUAUGAUUCUAUGGAUUAUGAUAGAAAUAGCUAUCAUAGGAUCAGACAUGCAGGAGGUAAUAGGAACAGCCAUAGCCAUAUAUCUUCUAUCUGAUGGAAAAGUACCGUUAUACGCUGGUGUUAUUAUUACUAUUGCCGAUACUUUCACGUUUUUAUUGCUGGAUAAAUAUGGCUUACGUAAACUGGAAGGAUUUUUUGCUUUCCUCAUUUUAGUAAUGGCUAUUACAUUUGGUUACGAGUAUGUUGUAGUAUCACCAAAUCAAGCGUUAGUAAUGAAAGGAUUAUUUGUACCAUAUUGUGAAGGAUGUGGUCCCAAGCAACUAUUACAAGCUGUAGGUGUGAUAGGAGCUAUUAUCAUGCCUCAUAAUAUCUAUCUUCAUUCAGCUUUAGUUAAGUCUCGUGAGAUAGAUCGUACCAAGAGACCAGAAAUCAAAGAGGCUAACCGUUAUUUCUUUAUCGAAGCAGCUAUUGCGUUAUUUGUAUCGUUUUUAAUCAAUGUGUUUGUUGUAUCUGUGUUCGCUCAGGGAUUUUAUCAUAAAUCAAGUAUGAAUGUAUAUGAAAAUUGUAAAGCUCAAGGAAAUCCUCAUGCAGAUGUAUUUAAUACAACCGAGGAGCUUACUGUUGAUAUCUAUAAAGGGGGAGUAUUUUUAGGCUGUCAGUUUGGAUUAGCUGCUAUGUAUAUUUGGGGUGUAGGAAUACUAGCUGCAGGUCAAAGUUCAACUAUGACUGGUACUUACACUGGUCAGUUUGUGAUGGAGGGUUUUUUAAAUCUAAAAUGGAAGAGAUGGCAGAGAGUAUUAUUAACAAGAACUAUAGCUAUUUUACCUACUGUAUUUAUAGCCGUAUUUGAAGGAAUAGAAAAUUUAACUGUUAUGAAUGACUUAUUAAACGUGUUGAUGUCGCUACAAUUACCUUUUGCCCUACUCCCGAUUCUUACUUUCACUAGUGCUAAAGGAAUUAUGGCGGAAUUCGUAAAUGGAAGGGCCAUGAAAAUAAUGACAUCCCUGUUGGCAGUUGUUGUCAUUGCUAUCAAUUUAUUUUUUGUUUCUGCUUAUCUUAAAAAUUUACCAUCCAACUGGGGAGCUUAUAUUGGUGUAGCAGUGGUUGUGGGCUUGUAUUUGCUAUUCAUAACAUACUUGGCAUUAUUCUGUUUAGCUGUAAUGGGUGUGAAGAAAGUAGCUAAUUUACAGAUACUUGGACGUAAAUUGGUGUAUGAUUAUACAUUGAACCAGAAUACUCCUUAUAAUGAGAACAAUAUACAACAGGAACUUGAGGAAAGUACCACAAUUCAACAUCACUGAUCAUCUUUUAUUAAAUAGAUUGCAGGCAAUUGAUGAGAAUAACUCAAAAUUUCAAGUCAGUGCUGAGAUUUUUAAGUUGCCAAAUUUGUUAUAUUCCAUGUUCCGUAUUAUUUCUGGACUUCGUUAAAAAAGGAACAGAUAUGGGUGGAAAUUUGUUAUAUUCCAUGUUCCGUAUUAUUUCUGGACUUCGUUAAAAAAGGAAGAGAUAUGGGUGGAAGUUUGUUAGAGGACUCUGUGUAUACAGUAGUUUGAAGAAGAAUCAAAAUAAGUUUUUAUUGUAUAUUAGACAUGUCAGUGUUAUUCCGAUGUUCAAAGUUCAACAUAUUUCUGAGCCAAUGUCACCAUUUAUUCCUUAUAUUAAUUUACAAUUUUAAACAAUUAUUUCUGGUCAAAACCUUAGGAUAAAAAUUGAAGAAAACUUUCUUGCCCCACCCCAGCCAAUUUAACACUGAAGUGCAGACUAAAUUUAAAUAUUAUCAGUCAAAACCAACUAAAGUGAUAGAGUGAAAUCCAAAUCUGGAAGAAAACAGGCCUGGAAAUAAUUACGAUUUUAGAUGUCAUUGACAAAAUGUCAGCCACUAAUGAAAUAGUACCUGACAUUUUCAACUUAGUGCUGGACAUAUAUUAAUAACAUCAAUAAAAAAGACAAAUCAGUGCCGGACAAAAAUGACAGGCACCAGAAGUUUUGUGCCUGACAAAGCCUGAAUAUGUGCCUGACAUUGUCUGUGACAGAUGCCUUAUUUCCAGGCUUGACAAAAAUGAAACAUAGAAGGAAAGACAGUGUAAGACAUAAUGCCUGGAACAUAUUUUCUUGAAGUCGAUAAAACAUAUUCAACUGGAUCUACAGGUUUACAGUUUGAAUGUAUAGUUCGAUUGUACGAUCAUCAGUGUUGGAAUAAGAGACCAUAUUUGGUGAUUAGAUCAAAUAGAAGUCUUCUUCCUGACCAUAAAUAACGCUCGAAAAUAAAUAAUUUAAUAUCAAAAUACAUAUUAUACUCAAAAUGAGAAAAUGGGUACAGAAUCAUUGUACGGUGUUAUAUUUUUUUAAAAAAAUUUUUUUGAUACUAUAAACUACUA